GACCUCACAGUUUAACGCCCAAAAUGGCGGCACGGUUGAAAAGUUUUGCCAGUUUUAUCCAUGUUUGUCCUCCUUGUAGAUGACUUGUUUGGUUGUUUUAGCAGCACGGAGACUCGUCGUUUACACACUGUAGGCGCGCAGGUAUUUUAUCUAAUUUUUGUGGGCCAGGACCAAAAUCAGAAUGUCUUUUUUCCUCUCUGCUAAAAAUGUCGGGCAUCACUUUACCAAUGCUAGUUUUAGGCUAGGCUAGGCUAGCAAGCUAACUACUUCUCAGAUGAGUGCUGGUUAAGAGCUUCGGGAGUUAUGCCUUACCUCACCUGGAUCGACCCGCGGAACUGAAUAUGAAGAAGAGGACCUUCAAGUAGAAAUGGAGGAUGAUGUGAAGAAAGUGAAAAAGGUAAGACAGCCAGGUAUCGUGUCCCCGUUCAAGCGAGUCUUCCUGAAAGGAGAGAAGGGGAGAGACAAGAAGGCGCAGGAGAAAGCCACCGAGCGCAGGGCCCUCCACACCUUCUCACUCUCUCAGCCUGACCACCGCAUCGACCCUGACAUCCUCCUCAAUGACUACAUCGAAAAGGAGGUCAAAUACUUGGGGCAGCUGACAUCCGUUCCAGGAUACUUGAAUCCCUCAAGUCGCACAGAAGUGCUGCAGCUCAUCGACUCUGCAAGGAAGUCCCAUCAGUUGGCAGGCCAGCUGACCUCAGAGCAGGAUGCAGUGGUGAGCUUAUCAGCGUACAACAUCAAGCUUGUUUGGCGUGAUGGAGAGGACAUCAUCCUCCGGGUGCCCAUCCAUGACAUUGCUGCUGUCUCCUACAUCAGAGACGAUUCUUUGCACCUCGUGGUGAUUAAAACAGCCCAGGAGUCAGGAGGGUCUCCUUGUCCCAGCUCGUGUCCUGAUCUCAACAAGUCUCAGACCCUGAGCUCUUUAUCAGAGAGCGGAGCUGUACUUGUAGAAGUCUGCUGUCUGCUCGUGCUGGCUGUUGACAAUAAGGCUGCAGCGGAGGAGCUGUGUCUCCUGCUCAGUCAGGUCUUUCAGAUCGUUUACACAGAAUCCACAAUAGACUUCUUAGACAGAGCCAUUUUUGAUGGAGCAACGACACCUACCAGACACCUUUCUCUAUACAGUGAUGACUCCUCAAGCAAAGUGGAUGUUAAAGAGGCUUUUGAGGCUGAAGCUGGCACAUUUCCUUUCCAGGGCUCCUUGGAGGCUGAAGAAAACUCUCAAUCAGCUUCCUCCCCGGCAUCCCCUCAGACGAAGACGGCAAGUGAAGGAGAGCUCAGCACCACCGCUGCAGAGCUGCUGCAGGACUACAUGACCACACUGCGGACAAAGCUGUCAUCACAGGAGAUCCAGCAAUUUGCCACCCUGCUCCACGAAUACCGUAACGGUGCCUCCAUCCAUGAGUUCUGCAUCAACCUGCGACAACUCUACGGGGACAGCAGAAAGUUCCUUCUACUUGGCCUGCGUCCCUUCAUACCAGAGAAGGACAGCCAGCACUUUGAGAACUUCCUUGAGACAAUCGGUGUGAAGGACGGCCGCGGCAUCAUCACAGACAGCUUCGGCCGCUACAGACGCACAGCCAGCUCCGCCUCUGAUUCUACCACCAACGGCAAUGGAGCAGCCGGAGGAAGCGUCGCCUCGGACGAGGGCCAGGAGGCCUCAGAGGGAGACGAGUGGGACCGCAUGAUCACAGACAUCAGCAACGACAUCGAAGCUCUGGGCUGCAGUAUGGACCAGGAGGGAGUGACGCCUUGACAGGAUGAUCAAAGGGAAAUUUAGCGGCGAGAAGACGCAGCAUGGCCGGCGAUCCUUAAAUGAACAGAAGGCCUGAGCUAAAGGGACCAGAUGAAGGUGGUCCUCAGCACUGACCGAAGAUAUGAUUCAUUGUAUUUUCCUCUAAUUGUCAAGAGGACAUUCUAUAUCCCCUGAAAACUCAAGGCAAACCUCAACCUAUCACCCAGAAAACAUGAAGUCAACAAAUGCACUUAUGCAAACUCUGUAGAGGACUCACAGUCAGUUGGCUAUUUUUACACUCAGAGGGAUUCAUAGUCUCUGAUAUAUUUUUAAACUGCUUUGAUUUUUGUACUCAUUUAUUGGCAGUAUCUGCCACUGCUGUCACCAAUGUAGCGACAAUCUCCAGAGUCUUUGACAGGCUGAUUAGAAUAGGUGCAUGAACUCUGGAGGGUCAAUCUGAGGACUGUGUACGUGACUCUAGAAGGUAAAGACUGAGGCUGUACUGCUUCUUCUUUUUUUGUAACUUUGGUCAAUCAGCUUCAUCCACCAGGAGAACUUUGCAUCAUAUAUUUCAAAUGUGUGUUGCUGUGAGAGUGAAACAUUUUUGCUAUACUAUAUCUAUAAAUAUUUUUGUUUUUACAAGAAGAUUUGUGUACCACUUUGUUUUUACACUAUCAUUUGUUAUCAGUGUUCACUCAUAUAUAUAUAUUUUUUUGUUUUGUUUUUGCGUUAUUCUAACAGACCAAGGAAAUGCUGUAAAAACAAAAAUUCUCACUCAGUUUAAGCAAACGAGUGGGGACUAUUUGACAAAGCCUGUUAGAUUAUGGCUGAUGUAAAUUUAUGAUUUGAGUUUUUUCAUGUCCUGCAGGACCUCUAGUAUUGUGUAAUGUUUCAUGACAUUACAUUCAUGUAUCAUUGUGCCUUUACACUGCAGUACUGCUGCCAACUGUCUGCACACACAGACAGGAAGUUCUGAACUGUAACUACAGUUGUUGAGUAAAUUGUUGGUUAUUAAAUAACAACUACUUUA